UUUAGAUCAAGAUAUCUUAUAUAAAAAUAUCAAGACUUCAUGUUAUAAUUAUUUAAGAUGGCUAUUUCACAAAACAAACGUUUUCUACUUGUAGUUUUUUUCCUCUUAUGCUUCAUCUCUUUCCAAGCUAGAGCACGAACACUGAAAGAAAAAAGCAAAGAUACAGAUACAACAAAUAAUAAGGAAGUGCAAGAUAAUAUGUUUAAGGCAAAAGAAGAAGAUCAUAAUAAUGUGGGAGAUGAUGUAUUUUCAAUGGAUUACACUCCAGCAAGAAGGAAGCCACCGAUUCACAAUUGAAAUAUUAUUUCCAAUUUUGUGCCACAAUUUAUUUUAUACUAGGAGAUUUUUUUUUAAUAUUUAAAAACUACAUAUUGGUCUUUAUCUUUUUAGUAAUUAAAUAUUGGUCUUGUAAAGUUAUAUAUAACGUUGUAACUAUACAUACUACACGGUAAUAAAAUCAUUUUUCCUA